AAUUUGAUUAGAUUCGACGAUCUGAUUUGCCAUCUGGAGCUGCAUUUCGCACGGAAUCCCACCCGCCACCCCGUCCGGUCGUCUUCUUCAGGCAGCAGUCGUCGUCUCCCCUCUGGAACUCUGGAUUCUUUUUAUUUAUUUAUUACAGCAUGUCCUAAUCGACCACUUUAUUAGUUGUUAAAGACGAGCUUACUAAUGAAGAUGGAGCAGUAGAAAAGCUGGAUUUCAUCUCCUUCCUCCUGUUCGUCUUGUCCAUUUCUUUUUCCGAGUACAAGUGGAGUGAGCAGGUGGAAUCCAAACUCCUCAGGCAGAGGCAGGCGAUAGAUCCUCAGGCCUCUGGCUCUGGGGAAGGGAAAGGGAAGAAGCGCUCGCUGCUUUGGGGCGGGGAAGGGGAGCCCCAUCCCCGUGCGGUUGCCUGUAUGGCUUCCUCCUUCACCGCCGCCGCUCUCCUCCUCUUCUUCCACUUCCAGCUCCUUGCGCCGCCGUCCGCUGCGCAGCCUGGUUUCAUUAGCUUGGACUGUGGGGGAGCUCGUGAUCACACAGAUGCCAUCGGGAUCCAGUGGACCUCCGAUGCUUCCUUCGUCUCCGGUGGCCAGGCAGCACAAUUGCUGGUCCAGAAUGGCCUGCGGAGCCAGCAGUUCACUACCGUGCGCUAUUUCCCAGCAGACAACAGGAAGUACUGCUACACCAUGAACGUCAGGAACAGGACGCGCUACCUCGUCAGAGCCACUUUCCUCUAUGGUAACUUCGACAAUAGCAAUGUCUACCCAAAGUUCGACAUCUCCCUAGGAGCGUCUCCCUGGUCCACCAUUGUCAUCGAUGACGCUACCACCCCCGUCGUUGAGGAAGCAACUAUCCUGGCUGCUGCUCCCACGCUCAGCGUCUGCCUCUCCAAUGCCAGCACAGGACAGCCCUUCAUCUCCACUCUCGAACUCCGCCAAUUCAACGGUUCACUCUACUACACCACUGAUGAGACACGCUUCUUUCUUGCGCUGUCUGCAAGGAUAAAUUUUGGAGCCGAAAGCAAUGAUUCUGUCAGAUACCCUGAUGACCCGUUUGAUAGAAUCUGGGAAUCUGAUUCUGUGAGGAGAGCAAAUUACCUUGUUGAUGUUGCUCCGGGGACUGAAAGAAUAUCAACUACAAAGCCCGUAUUUGUCGGUACCAAUGAAGAACCACCUGAAAAGGUCAUGCAAACAGCAGUAGUUGGCCAAGAUGGGUCCUUGAACUACCGCCUUGAUUUGGAAGGUUUCCCAGCAAAUGCAUGGGGAGUAUCAUAUUUUGCAGAAAUUGAAGAUUUGGCACCAAAUGAAACGAGAAAAUUUAAGUUAGAUGUCCCUGGCAUGCCAGCACUCAGUAAACCAACUGUUGACGUGGAGGAGAAUGCUCAGGGCAAAUACCGUUUGUAUGAACCGGGCUACACGAAUUUGUCACUUCCGUUUGUUUUCUCCUUCGGGUUCAAGAAGACGGAUGAUUCUUCAAAGGGGCCUAUUUUGAAUGCCUUGGAGAUAUACAAAUAUGUCCAAAUUACUAUGGGAUCUCAAGAUGCAAAUAUCAUGGCCAGCAUGGUAUCACGGUAUUCACAAGCAGGUUGGGCACAAGAGGGUGGCGAUCCGUGCUUACCAGCAUCAUGGUCCUGGGUGCAAUGCAGUUCAGAAGAUGCUCCAAGGGUAUUCUCAAUCACAUUGUCUGGGAAGAACAUUACAGGAAGUAUCCCAGUGGAACUGACAAAGCUAUCAGGGCUGCUUGAGCUAAGGCUUGAUGGAAAUUCAUUUUCUGGCCAAAUUCCUGAUUUCAGCGAAUGCCAUAAUUUGCAGUAUAUUCACCUUGAGAACAAUCAGUUGACUGGUGAAUUGCCGCCUUCUUUGGGAGACCUACCUAAUUUGAAAGAACUGUAUAUCCAAAACAACAAGCUGUCUGGACAGGUUCCAAAAUCACUUUUCAAGAGAAGCAUUAUUUUGAACUUCUCAGGCAACAGUGGCCUUCACAUCGUAAACAGUGGUAUUAGCCACACCAUAGUUAUUAUAUGCGUGGUGAUUGGGGCCAUUGUGUUACUGGGUGCUGCUAUUGGAUGUUAUUUCUUUACAAGUAGGAGAAAGAAGAAACAUCAUGAAGACACAGUUGUUAUUGCAGCACCAGCAAAAAAACUUGGCUCAUAUUUUAGUGAAGUAGCUACAGAAUCAGCACACAGAUUUUCUUUAUCUGAAAUUGAAGAUGCUACUGACAAGUUUGAGAGAAGAAUUGGCUCUGGAGGGUUUGGCAUAGUAUACUAUGGAAAGUUGGCUGAUGGGAGAGAAAUUGCAGUCAAACUUCUCACAAAUGACUCUUAUCAAGGCAUCCGAGAAUUCUUGAAUGAGGUCACAUUGCUUUCCAGAAUACAUCAUAGACACCUGGUUACAUUCCUUGGUUACAGUCAGCAAGAUGGCAAGAACAUACUAGUGUACGAGUUCAUGCAUAAUGGGACACUGAAAGAGCACCUUCGUGGUACUGCUGAUGAAAAAAUAACUAGCUGGCUGAAGCGUCUUGAGAUUGCAGAAGAUGCUGCAAAAGGUAUAGAGUAUCUCCACACAGGAUGCUCCCCAACAAUUAUCCAUAGAGACCUCAAGAGCAGCAACAUUCUCCUUGACAAGAACAUGAGAGCUAAAGUUGCGGACUUUGGGCUAUCAAAACCUGCAGUGGAUGGGUCUCAUGUGUCAAGCAUAGUUCGAGGAACAGUGGGAUACCUGGAUCCAGAGUACUAUAUCUCGCAGCAGCUGACAGAGAAGAGCGACAUCUACAGCUUUGGUGUGAUUUUGCUGGAGCUCAUCUCAGGCCACGAGCCAAUCUCAAAUGACAACUUUGGGCUCAACUGCCGUAACAUUGUUGCGUGGGCUCGAUCGCACAUCGAGAGCGGCAACAUCCAUGCCAUCAUUGAUCAAUCUAUGGAUAGAGGCUAUGACCUGCAGUCGGUGUGGAAGAUCGCGGAGGUGGCAAUAAUGUGUGUGAAGCCCAAGGGUGCACAGAGGCCACCCAUCUCGGAGGUGCUCAAGGAGAUCCAGGACGCCAUUGCCAUCGAGCGGGGACCCCAGCACUCUGUCCAAAUCCAGCAGCAGCUGCUCCUGUCCAACAGCAACAGGUCCAUGUCCAUGGCUGAUUCCUCGUCCGCCAACAACAACCUGGACUUGGACGAGUUGCUGAUGCGCCCAGGUCUCAGAUGAAAUCCACACCCCCUGUAUAUGUAUGUAAUGGUAUGGAGCUGGAGAGAUGAAAUGUGCAAGGAUUUAUUAUGUUUAGGUAGCAAGGAAGGAGGAAAUCAAGGAGAAGUUUUGGCUGUCAAUCAUGAAAUUAGUAGGUUGCUAGUCUUUGUUUUUGAUGUCAAAUGGUUAUUUGUGGAAACGAAAUAUUAUACCUCCGCUGCAGGGAGGGAAGACGAGGCAUAGUGGGUGGUAAUGGAUCAUGGUCCUCGUGACUCAUUGACAAUCCAA